AACGUACGAUCUUCAGUUGCAUCAACUCACAAACCCUAAGCUCCUUACAAAAGAGCCCUUCUCUGUAAGCCCCACGAGCUUGGAAGGUAGAGAGAGAGAGUACUCUGUUGCCAUGGGUAUCGAUAUCGUCGCUGGUGGCAAGAGCAAGAAGACCCAUCGCACCGCUCCCAAAUCCGGUGAUGUCUACCUCAAGAUUCUUGUCAAGCUCUACAGGUUUCUGGUGAGAAGAACGGGCAGCAAAUUCAAUGCUGUCAUUCUGAAACGUCUCUUCAUGAGCAAAGUGAAUAAAGCCCCUUUGUCACUCUCUAGAUUGAUCAAGUUCAUGGCCGGAAAAGAAGAUAAGGUAGCUGUGAUUGUUGGCACUGUAACGGAUGACACUAGGGUUUAUGAAGUGCCUGCUUUGAAGGUUACUGCUUUGAGAUUUACAGAGAGAGCGAGGGCUAGGAUCUUGAAAGCUGGGGGUGAAUGCUUGACUUUUGAUGACCUUGCUCUCAGGGCUCCUCUUGGCCGGAACACGGUUCUUCUUCGAGGUCCCAAGAAUGCACGUGAGGCAGUGAAGCACUUUGGGAAGGCCCCAGGUGUGCCUCACAGCCACACCAAGCCAUAUGUUCGAUCCAAGGGCAGGAAAUUUGAGAGAGCGAGAGGGAGGAGGAACAGCAGGGGCUUCAGGGUUUGAAAGGCUACAGGCAAGCCUUGGCACUUCUGUCUGGUGUAUUAUUAGAGGUCUGGUCGACUUUGCCUUUGAUUUAUAAUUUUGGUGCAAAACAUUUUAGAGAGCUGUGUUUUCAUUCUCUUGGUGACCAAGGUUGUGCACCUGUAAGAUCUUUGUUUCUUUUGAAUGGAUAUAUGGAAUCCAAUUUUCCAAACUUGCUUCUAAGUGUGCUUUGAGAGUUUAUCCGCUUCAAUA